UCAGGGUUCCAGGACCCGCCCCAUCCUCCCGCUCGCGGCGCAGUGGGCGCCGCGGGCUGGAGCCGCGGCUGGCGGCUGCCUGUCCGGGCUGGGUCUGGCCGAGCCUCACGUCGCCGUGCAGUGCGCCAGGUCUCCGGGAGAUGGCUUCUCCCCUCUCGCCCGCUACUCCCGCUAUUGUCUCACCUGGGGUUGCCUGACUCUGCGGGCUCGCUCACGCUCUCGGCCUAGAGGACCCCCCCGCCCCGCCCCCGCGCUGCGAGCUGGUCCUCGCGCCCUCUCCUGCCUCUUCGCUGCCCCGGGAACCCUGGGGUCGGCGCCCGCCGCGUGCAGCUCGGAGGGGGAGCGGCCCGGGAGGAGGCGGUGCGCGGCCGCCUCGCGUGGGUGCCGGAGCCGCCCGGAGCCGUGGAGCCAGCAGCCCUGGUCGCCGAGCACACGACACAUCAGGUUUUGCAGGAAACUCGCAGUGAGCACAGGUACCCAGACACCAUGCCACAACCCUGCAGAACUGACAUUGCCAGGAAGUAGAAGACUUCCUUGUUUCCUCUGUCCCCCAUCCUCACCAUGUCUUCGACUCAGGGCAGUGGGGAACACUGGAAGUCACUGGAGUCUGUGGGCAUCAGCCGCAAAGAGCUGGCCAUGGCCGAAGCCCUGCAGAUGGAGUAUGAUGCUCUGUCCCGGCUUCGGCACGACAAGGAGGAAAGCAGAGCCAAGCAGAACACAGACCCCUCUCUCAUCAGCUGGGAUGAGCCCGUCCUAGACUUCUACAGCAAGCCAGCGGGAAGGCGGAAGGACCUCAAGCUCUUACGUGGUCUUUCUGGCUCUGACCCUACCCUCAAUUACAACUCGCUCUCCCCACAGGAAGGGCUGCCCAACCACUCUACCUCCCAGGGCUCCCAGCCUGGCCCAGAUCCCUGGCCCAAAGGCUCCCUGGCCGGAGACUAUCUCUACAUUUUUGAUGGUUCAGAUGGGGGGCUCUCUUUGUCCUCAGGACCGGGGGACACAGAUGACACUUUUAAGAAACUGUCCCCACCUCCUCUGCCUCCCCGAGUCUCUAUCUGGGACACUCCUCCCCUGCCUCCCAGAAAGGGGUCCCCCUCAUCCUCCAAGAUCUCCCAGCCCAAUGACAUCAACACUUUUUCUUUGGUCGAACAACCUCCAGGCAAACUGCUGGGGCAUCGGCUCCUAGAAGAGGAAGAGGAGCUGGGAAGUGGGGGUCCAGGGCGCCUACUGGGGUCCAUGGACUAUGACGGUAUCAAUGAUGCCAUUACACGGCUCAACUUGAAGUCAACCUAUGAUGCAGAGAUGCUGUGGGAUGCCACCAGGGGCUGGAAGGAGGGCCGGGGACUCCUGAACUUUGGCAAGGACACUCCUGGAAAACCUGUGGCCCGGAGCAAGACCAUGCCCCCUCAGGUGCCCCCCCGCACCUACACCUCCCGCUACGCCAACCGGAAAAAUGGGGCACCUGGCAAGAACCUCCAGAUUUCUGCAGCUCCGGUGGGCUCCCGGCCCCACGCUGUUGCCAAUGGCCAUGAGUUGUUUGAGGUCUCAGAGGAGAGAGAUGAGGAAAUUGCUGCCUUCUGCCACAUGCUGGAUAUCCUCCGAUCUGGCUCUGACGUCCAAGACUACUCCCUAACUGGGUAUGUCUGGAGCACUGUCACCCCAAGCCCGGAGCACCUCGGGGAUGAGGUUAACCUGAAGGUGACCGUGUUGUGUGACAGCCUGCGGGAGCCGCUCACUUUUACCUGCAACUGUUCCUCCACUGUAGACUUGCUCAUCUACCAGACCCUGUGCUAUACCCAUGAUGAACUGAGGGGUGUUGAUGUGGGUGACUUCGUGCUAAAGCCCUGUGGGCUGGAGGAAUUCCUGCAGAACAAGCACGCCCUGGGCAGCCACGAGUAUAUUCAAUACUGUCGAAAGUUUGACAUCGACAUUCGGCUACAGCUGAUGGAGCAGAAAGCUGUACGCGGUGACCUGGCCCGGACGGUGAAUGAUGACCAGAGCCCCUCCACCUUGAACUACCUCAUCCAUCUGCAAGAGAGGCCAGUCAAGCAGACCAUCAGCAGGCAGGCCCUGAGUCUUCUGUUUGACACUUACCACAAUGAGGUGGAUGCCUUCCUGUUGGCUGAUGGGGACUUUCCACUGAAGGCCGACAGGGUGGUCCAGUCCGUCAAGGCCAUCUGCAACGCCCUAGCCGCUGUGGAAACCCCUGAGAUCACCAACGCUCUCAACCAGCUGCCCCCCUGCCCUUCCCGAAUGAAGCCUAAAAUUCAGAAGGAUCCCACCGUCUUGGCUGUGAGGGAAAACCGAGAGAAGGUUGUGGAAGCCCUGACAGCUGCCAUCUUGGACCUGGUGGAGCUGUACUGCAACACGUUCAAUGCAGACUUCCAGACAGCAGUGCACGGGAGCCACAAGCAUGAUCUGGUCCAGGAGGCCUGCCAUUUUUUUGGGUCCCUGGCCUUUACGGUCUAUGCCACCCACCGCAUCCCCAUCAUGUGGGCUACCAGUGAUGGCUGCUUAGGCAUCCCUGCCCCCUCCCAUCCAAGGCCAGCUGAUGGAGACGCUGCUGCGACAGAUGGCCCCUUCCCAGAUCUGAGUGAACGCCUCACGGCCAAUGACUGCACUCCCCUGCAGAUCUAUGAAGAGUUCUACCUCUCCUGCUCCCUCAGCCAUGGCGGCAAGGAGCUGUGCAGCCCCCAGCGGACCCGAAGGGUUCACUUCUCCAAGUACCUCUUCCACCUCAUCAUCUGGGACCAGCAGAUCUGCUUCCCUGUGCAGGUGAACCGGUUGCCUCGGGAGACCCUGCUGUGUGCCACUCUCUAUGCUCUGCCCAUCCCCCCACCCGGGAGCUCCUCGGAGUCCAAUAAGCAGCGGCGGGUGCCCGAAGCCCUGGGCUGGGUCACUGCUCCGCUCUUCAACUUCAGGCAAGUCCUGACCUGUGGCCGGAAGCUUCUGGGCUUAUGGCCAGCAACACAGGAAAGCCCCAGUACCCGUUGGAGUGCACCUAAUUUCCAUCAGCCAGAUAGUGUCAUCCUGCAGCUGGAAGGGACUUUAGCGAUCACCAAGUCCAACAAGGUUAUUUUACAGACAAAGAAUCUGAGGAUUGACUUUCCCACCUCGGCCUUCGACAUCAAGUUCACCAGCCCCGCUGGAGACAAGUUCAGCCCCCGCUAUGAGUUUGGCAGCCUCCGGGAGGAAGACCAACACGUGCUUAAAAACAUCAUGCAGAAGGAGUCACUGUACUGGCUCACUGAUGCUGACAAAAAGAGCCUGUGGGAGAAGCGGUAUUAUUGCCACUCGGAGGUGAGCUCACUCCCCCUGGUGCUCGCUAGCGCCCCCAGCUGGGAGUGGGCUUGCCUGCCCGACAUCUACGCUCUCCUGAAGCAGUGGACCCACAUGAACCACCAGGAUGCCCUGGGGCUCCUGCAUGCCACGUUCCCAGACCAGGAGGUGCGUCGUAUGGCUGUUCAGUGGAUUGGCUCCCUCUCUGAUGCUGAGCUGUUGGACUACUUGCCCCAGCUCGUGCAGGCCUUAAAGUAUGAGUGCUACCUGGACAGCCCCUUGGUGCGCUUCCUCCUGAAACGAGCUGUCUCUGACUUGAGAGUGACUCACUACUUCUUCUGGUUGCUGAAAGACGGCCUCAAGGACUCUCAGUUCAGCAUCCGCUACCAAUAUCUGCUGGCAGCCUUGCUGUGUUGCUGUGGCAAGGGGCUGAGAGAGGAGUUUAACCGCCAGUGCUGGCUUGUCAGUACCCUGGCCAAGCUGGCCCAGCAGGUCCGGGAGGCCGCCCCGUCUGCACGGCCGGGGAUUCUCCGCACGGGCCUGGAGGAGGUGGGGCAGUUUUUUGCCCUCAACGGCUCCUGCCGCCUGCCGCUUAGCCCCAGUCUGCUGGUUAAGGGCAUCGUGCCCAGGGACUGUUCCUACUUCAACUCCAAUGCAGUCCCCCUCAAGCUCUCCUUCCAAAAUGUGGAUCCGCUGGGCGAGAACAUCCGUGUCAUCUUCAAGUGUGGGGACGACCUUCGCCAAGACAUGCUGACCCUGCAGAUGAUUCGCAUCAUGAGCAAGAUCUGGGUCCAGGAGGGGCUGGACAUGCGCAUGGUCAUCUUCCGCUGCUUCUCCACUGGCCGUGGGAGAGGGAUGGUAGAGAUGAUCCCCAACUCUGAGACCCUGCGCAAAAUCCAGGUGGAGCACGGGGUGACCGGCUCCUUCAAGGACCGGCCCCUAGCCGACUGGCUGCAGAAGCACAACCCUGGGGAGGACGAGUACGAGAAGGCUGUAGAGAACUUCAUCUAUUCUUGUGCUGGCUGCUGUGUGGCCACGUACGUCUUGGGCAUCUGUGACCGACACAAUGACAACAUCAUGCUGAAGACGACUGGCCACAUGUUCCACAUAGAUUUUGGCCGUUUCCUGGGCCAUGCCCAGAUGUUCGGGAACAUCAAGCGGGACCGUGCCCCCUUUGUCUUCACCUCGGACAUGGCGUAUGUCAUCAACGGGGGUGACAAGCCUUCCAGCCGCUUCCAUGAUUUUGUUGACCUUUGCUGCCAAGCCUACAACCUCAUUCGCAAGCACACCCACCUCUUCCUCAACCUUCUGGGCCUGAUGUUGUCCUGUGGGAUCCCUGAGCUCUCAGACUUGGAAGACCUCAAGUAUGUGUAUGAUGCCCUGAGGCCUCAGGACACAGAGGCCAAUGCCACCACCUACUUCACCAGGUUGAUUGAGUCCAGCCUCGGCAGUGUAGCCACAAAGCUCAAUUUUUUCAUUCAUAACCUGGCUCAGAUGAAGUUCACAGGCUCAGACGACCGGCUGACCCUUUCCUUUGCUCCCCGAACGCACACUGUCAAGAGCUCUGGCCGCAUCAGUGAUGUGUUUCUCUGCCGCCACGAGAAGAUCUUCCACCCCAACAAAGGCUACAUUUAUGUGGUAAAGGUGAUGCGAGAGAAUGCUCACGAGGCCACUUACAUCCAGAGGACAUUUGAGGAGUUCCAGGAAUUACACAAUAAGCUGCGGCUGCUCUUCCCUUCUUCCCUCCUGCCCAGCUUCCCUAGUCGCUUUGUGAUUGGCCGCUCACGGGGAGAGGCGGUGGCGGAGCGGCGGAGGGAGGAGUUAAAUGGCUACAUCUGGCACUUGAUCCACGCAGCCCCUGAGGUGGCCGAGUGUGAUUUGGUGUACACCUUCUUCCACCCCCUGUCCCGGGAUGAGAAGGCUGCGGGCACCAGCCUGGCUCCCAAGUCCUCAGAUGGCACAUGGGCCCGGCCGGUCGGGAAGGUUGGGGGAGAGGUGAAGCUGUCCAUCUCCUACAAAAACAACAAACUCUUCAUCAUGGUGAUGCAUAUUCGGGGCUUGCAACUGCUCCAGGAUGGGAAUGAUCCCGACCCCUAUGUCAAGAUUUACCUCCUUCCUGACCCUCAGAAAACCACUAAGAAGAAAACCAAAGUGGCCCGGAAAACCUGCAACCCCACCUACAAUGAGAUGCUGGUAUAUGAUGGAAUCCCCAAGGGAGACCUGCAGCAGCGGGAGCUACAGCUGAGUGUGCUGAGUGAGCAAGGAUUCUGGGAGAACGUUCUGCUGGGGGAGGUGCACAUCCGCCUGCGAGAGCUGGACCUGGCCCAGGAGAAGACCGGCUGGUUCGCACUGGGAUCUCGAAGUCAUGAGACCUUAUGAGCCCAGCGGAGCCGUGGCCCAGGACCCCAGGCUCAUGUCAGAGCCGGGGGAGAGGACUCUCCCUGCUUGACUUGUCCCUUCCUUGUGUAGGGGCAGGGCCCGUGGCGGGGCUCCCCUCUGUCCCGGCGGAUCGGGCCUCCGUGGUAGGAGGCAAGGAGAGUAAAGAUGCUCUCUGCUAUCCGUUCCUCUGCAGACUGCGUUUGGGUUGGUUGUGAUGAGCAGCCCCUUGGAGGCUGUGAGGGUGCAGCAAAGUUUUAAGUUUACCUUGUGUCAAGGGAGCAAUGCCUGG